AUGAACUAUAAGACCCUCCUUAUAGCUCUUUGCUUGUUUGCAAUUUGCACUUGCGACUUAUCCUACUUGAGAAUGGAUGAUCAAAAUGUCGCACUUCCUUCACCAGACAGGAACUUACCCACUGCUGAGUACUUGGCCUACCAUAAAUAUCCUCUUGAAGUUCACUAUGUCACCACUGAAGAUGGCUACAUUCUCAAGUACAACCGUAUUCAAGCCAAAAAAUCUAAAAUCGUAUCUGGAAAGAAACCUAUUUUCCUUCAACACGGUUUGCUUGACUGCUCUGAUACUUGGAUAAUUAAUGAAGAAAAGCUUGCACCAGCUUUCAUCUUAGCUAAUGCAGGUUAUGAUGUCUGGAUGGGUAAUAGCAGAGGUAACAUGUUUGGAAGAAACCACACAACCUUAAACCCAGAUACUGAUAAGGCUUUUUGGAAUUUCUCCUUCGACGAAAUGUCUAAGUAUGAUUUACCUGCUGGCUUUGCUUACAUCGCCAACGUUACUGGCUUUGAUAAAAUUCAUUAUGUUGGUCACUCUUAAGGUUCCACCACAAUGUUCAUCGCUUUAUCAACCAGAAAUCAAGGAGUUCUCAAAUACCUUGACAAGGUUGCUGCUUUCGGACCUGUUGCUAAAGUUAAAAAUGAGUACAGUAAGGUAUUGUCUGCUCUUGCUGACUACAAUGUUGACUGGCUUAUGUAUGCCUUAGGUAUCCAUGAAGUAUUUGCCUACAGUUGGUUGAAGCAUCCUUUCCUCGAAACUGUAUGUGGUUUCUUGGGAAAAGUAUGCAGAGCUUUCCUUGGUCCUAUUGCUGAUACUGAUCCUAAAGUAGAUAACUACAAGAGAAUGGACGUACUUGUAGGACAUGACCCUGCUGGUACCAGCUUAAUGAACAUGGAACACUGGAAACAAAUGGUCAAGUAAGGAAACUUCUAAGCUUAUGAUUAUGGUGCUAUUGAAAAUUUAAAGAAGUAUCACUCUCUUAAGGCUCCUCUUUAUGAUUUAACUAAAAUCCAAGAAAAAGUUUACUUGUUUGCUGGUUCCACAGAUAGCUUGGCUGACCCAACUGAUGUUGCCUGGAUGAGAACUCAACUCCCCAACUUCUGGUUCAAAGAAUAUAACUAUGGUCACUGCACUUUUAUGUGGGGUAUCAGCAAUGAACACAUGGAUGACCUCUUAAACAUUCUCCAAGGUCAAGAUCCUACUCCUACUCCCUCUUCUUAAUGA